GGUCGCGUUGAGCUCGAUGACGUUUGGAGGGCACUAGGAACCUUUGGAAAGUAUCAGCUUAUUCAGUCCGCCCUGCUCAUGAGUACCGUUUUUCCGGAAUUGAUACAACUCCUGGUCGUCGUCUUCAUUGGAUUUCGGCCACCCUACCACUGUGCCAAUGUGUCUUCCUCACAGAUUAUUGCGGACACCGCCAAAUACAGCAACACAAGCAUAGGCCUGUCUUACCAUGCGUGUCAUGUCGACUUGGUUAUCAGUGACACAAAUAGCACACUUCUGUCCUUGUCGCCAUGUCCAGCUGGGUAUAACUACGGCCUAGAGAAGGACAGAACGUUUGUGACAGACUACGACCUGGUGUGCGAUGGAGCAGAGGGAGCAGAAUUGUCACAAACUUUGCUCAUGGUCGGCCAGAUGGUUGGGGCGGCCAUUUUACCUCAGUGUUCAGACAGGUUCGGGAGAAAGCCUAUCCUUGUCUCCUCACAUAUCGGUUUGCUUGUAGCAGGAUUAGGAGGUUGUUUUUUACCAACAUUCACCGGAUUUGCAAUAAUGAGGUUUCUCAUUGGAGUCUUCCAACAAGGAAUGGCUAUGGUACGUCCUGCUAUGAUGCUAGAAAUGUUUCCCGAGGAAGUGAGAUAUUUGACGGAAGUAGCUGGUCUGGCCUCCUGGACUACCUCUGCGGUCGUCAUGACGCCUGUUGUUUACUUCCUCCGGGAUCUGUCCUGGCGCUAUCUAUACCUCGUCCUCACGCUAUCAUCCGCUUACAGUGUCCUGGGAUACUGGAUGCAUAACGAAUCUGUACGAUGGCUUCUGGCAAAUGGCAAAACCGCAGAAGCAAAGACAAUUUUGAGAAAGGCUGCAAAGAUGAAUAACGUGGAUGAAGAACAAAUCCUACAGAUAGUUGACAAGGUAACAGCUGUACAAUGCAACACGGAGGAAGUCGUAGAUAUCGAAGAGGAAAGUGAAAGUUUAUCGGGAAAAACAAUCAAGAAUGACGACAAAAGAAGCAACAAGAACAUUGUACCGAAAUACACCAUUGUAACCUUGUUUAAGAGACGCCGAAUAGCAAUGAUAAUUGUUAUUAUGAUACUGGCCUGGACCGUUGACAGUUUGACCUACUUUGGUUUGAUCCUGUCCUCAGCCUCUUUGCCUGUUGACCGAUAUCUGAGCUUCUUCCUGCUUGCCGUCGCUGAAUUCCCUGUUGUAUUGUUCGAAUACACGCUGAUGAAUCGAAUAGGACGAAAGCGUUUCUGUAUAAUAUUCCACAUUAUAGCAGCCGUUUCACUCAUAGCGGGGACUGUGGCAAACCAUUUUUCAGAUUUACCAGGAGCCAAAAUCCUGAUUAUGAUAUUCUUCUUCCUCGGUAAACUCGGAAUAACAGGGUCGUUCAGUUGUUUAUUUCUGUACACACCAGAACUUUACCCGACCAACCUCAGGACGAUUGGUAUGGGGCUUCCAUCCGCGGCUGGACGAGUAGGAGGCAUGUUGGCACCGUUUGCUGGUCCCCUGGCUGAACGUGUAAGAUGGGCGCCGGGUGCCAUAUUUGGUUGCCUGUGUUUAGCAGUUGCCUUGGUGCUUCCGCUUCUUCCGGAGACAAGGGGACAUGAGCUCCCGACCCGGGUCGAAGAUCUUGAGGAGUGGUAUAAAUCUCACAGCGGUACUAAACGGAGGAAACGAUAAGGUCACUAGAAGAUUGCUAGAUGCGUUUUUAAUUGUCUUUUUGUGCAAAUUUUGUGCAGAUAUUUUUGAUUUGCUGCGAGAUAUACUUGUCUGAAAACACAUACUGUAUUUCGUUGACGUCUACAGAUCACUUAAUUAACGACAUAGCCCGUAAAUUAGAAUCAAUUAGAAUGGCUACGUACAGUAUAUCGUUUAGUGAGUACCGAUUUAUACAACUUGUUUGCAAUUCUGCCCACAUAUAUUUUAAACAGACUUUUUAUAAUUUCAUCCUUAUUCAGAAUAUUUUUACUCCUUUCCUGAUUCAGAUUCUUUAUUUAUCAAGAGUCCUUAGGCUUAUAGGUACUCUAAUAUAUAUAGAGAAUAAAAUAAUAACUUUGUAAGAUCUACCGCUAUGCCUUUCUGCCUUC